GCGGCCAUGGAGGCAGGCGGCGGGGCCGGCGCGGGAGCCGCGGGCUGGAGCUGCCCCGGCCCAGGACCCACAGUAACCACUGUAGGCUCCUGUGAGGUGUCUGAGGGUUGUGAGAGGAAGAAAGGCCAACGCUGGGCGUCCCUGGAGCGCCGCGGGAUGCAAGCUAUGGAGGGGGAGGUGUUACUUCCAGCUCUGUAUGAGGAGGAAGAGGAGGAGGAAGAGGAAGAGGUCGAAGAAGAUCAAGUAGAGAAAGGAGUCAGUUUAGGCUCCCUGUCUGUGGGCAAGCACCGGGGCCUGAGCCUCACAGAGACAGAGCUGGAGGAGCUGAGGGCUCAGGUGCUGCAGCUGGUGGCAGAGCUGGAAGAGACCCGGGAGCUUGCUGGGCAGCACGCAGAUGACUCCCUGGAGCUUCAAGGGCUCCUGGAGGAUGAACGCCUGGCCAGCGCCCAGCAGGCAGAAGUGUUCACCAAGCAGAUUCAGCAGCUCCAAGGCGAGCUGCAACAUCUGCGGGAGGAGAUCUCCCUGCUGGAGCGCGAGAAGGAGACUGAGCUGAAGGAGAUCGAGCAGGAGCUGCACCUGGCCCAGGCGGAGAUCCAGAGCCUGCGCCAGGCGGCGGCCGACUCCGCCACGGAGCACGAGAGCGAUGUGGCGUCCCUGCAGGAAGACCUCUGCCGUCUGCAGAAUGAGCUGGACGACAUGGAGCGCAUCCGGGGGGAUUACGAGCUGGAAAUUGCCUCACUCCGGGCAGAAAUGGAACUGAAGACUUCUGAGCCAUCUGAAUUGAGCGUUUCGGACUUCUCUGGGAUACAAGAAGAGCUGCAGCAGCUUCGGGAGCGCUACCACUUCCUGAACGAGGAGUACCAGGCCUUGCAGGAGAGUAACAGCAGCCUGACGGGGCAGCUUGCCGAGCUGGAGAGUGACAGGACACGGAGAGCAACAGAACGAUGGUUGGAAUCCCAGAUUCUAAGGAAUGUGGUGUCAGCAGAGUCGCAGACGUCAGAGCUGGAUUUCCCAGAGCCUGACCCGCACAUGCAGCUUUUGCGCCAGCAACUGCUGGGAGCUGAGGAACAAAUGCAGGACAUGCAGAACAAGUGUAAAAGCCUGUGCUCUGAGCUGGAGGAGCUGCAGCACCACCGCCGGGUCAGCGAGGAGGAGCACAAGCGGCUACAGCGGGAGCUCAAGUGUGCCCAGAACGAGGUGCUUCGGUGCCAGACCUCCCACAGCGUAGCCCAGAACGAGGAGCUGAAGAGCAGGCUCUGUGCCCUGCAGCAAAAGUAUGAUGCUAGCCAGGAUGAACACUGUGAGCUUCUGAAGGUGCAGCUGCAGCUUCAGAAUGAGCUCCGGGAGCUCAAAGUCACCAGAGCCUGCGCCGUAGAAAGCCAGAGCGAGAAGGAGUUAAUGUGCCGGCUCCAGAAGCUGCAGGCCCAACACCAGAGCAGCAUUUGUGAGAAGGAGAAGCUGCUGGAGGCGCAGCAUCACCUGCAGGACAAGCUCCGUUGCCAUGAGUCAGAGCUGCAGCACCUCCGAGGCUUGGUGGACUGCUUGCGAGAAAAAAACGAGAAGAACACAGGGAUGCACGCCCAGCUCCAGGAGAUGAAGGGGCUGUAUCAGUGCAGCAAGGAGGAGCUGGAGCGGCAGAAGCACAUGUAUGACCAGCUGGAGCAGGACCUGCUGCUCUGCCAGCAGGAGCUGAGCGACCUCAAGUGCAGCCAGUCCUCCUGUGAAGACGAGGGAAGCAAGUGUGAUGCUCUGCUGUCCAGGCUGACAGAGUUGCAGGACAAGUUCAAAGCCAGCCAGCAGGAGAUGGGGCACUUGCAGAUGGAGCAGUGUGAGCUCCUGGAAGACCAGAGGAGGCUGCAGGAGGAGCAGAGCCAGCUGCAGGAAGAGCUGCACAGGCUCACGUUCCCGCAGCCCAAGUGUGGCCUCCUGCAGAAGAGUCAGGAGCUGCUCUCAAAGUUGCAAGACCUCUGUGAAAUGCAGCUGCUCUACCAAAGCAUGCAGGAAGAACAGAGGAAACUGAUACAGAACCAAGAGAGCAUGCUAAAGGAACAGUUAGAGGCGCACAGAGAACUUCGAGGUUUCAAAGAGAACAAUUUCCAGGAAGUGUUGGCAAAACCUCAUGAUGCCAAAGGGCCUAAGUCCUCUGGUUGUGAGUCUAAGUUCAAGGUGCUCAUGGAACAGCUGCAGGCUCUGCAGGUGCUCUAUGACACCAGUCAGAGGCAGCAGGAGCUACUGCAGCGGGAGCACGGGCGGCUCCUGGAGGAGCGGAAGAGGCUGCAGGCUGAGCUGCAGCUCUGCAUGGAGGAGAUACAGCUGCUCCAAGUUCAGUCCCCCACCAUAAAAAUGAGUCUUGAGGCGUACAGGAAGAACUCGGGCAGCACGGCCCAGAGCAACGAGAGCUUCCACAGGAGCUAUGACAGCACCCUGGAGGACAACAGCGGAGGCUACGAGAGGAGUUACGUCAGCUCCCGGCCCAGCGACGAAGUCUUCCUCAGGAGCUACGAGAGCAACAGCACUUUUAACGAGCCCUAUCAGCAGAGCUACCGGUCCAGCAACACGAGUGUUGUCUAUAAGACGAGCUACGGCAGUGCGGCCAGUUCUGAAACACUCCACAAGAGUUACGUCAGCAGCAAUGCUGACGAGGAGCCAGCCGAGCCUCAAGACUUGGAGCGCUUUGAGGAAACAGUGGCCAAGGUGCUGACCAAGUUGCAGGCAGUGAAGGCCCUGUACCAGGUGAGCCAGGAGGAGCACGGCCACCUGCAGGAGCGGAUGAACAAGCUGCUGGCCAAGCAGAGAGAGCUGAAGUGCGAGCUGGAGUGCUGUGAGAAGGAGCUAAGAGAGUGCAUGGAGAGCCUGGGGAAGCCUGCGGGCCCCCAGAGCGACAGGUGUGAGAUCAAAGAGCUGCAGACGAAGCUGCGGGAGCUGCAGCUGCAGUACCAGGCUAGCAUGGAUGAGCAGGGGCGGCUUCUGGCCGUGCAGGAGCAGCUGGAGGGCCAGCUGCAGUGCUGCCAGGAAGAGCUCCGCCAGCUCAGAGAGCUCAGAGAGCUCAGAGAGCACAGGCCUUCCGUUAGCGCAGAAGUCAGGGGCAAGAAUGGCAAUAAGAACAUGAACAAGAACGCCAAUGGAGCUAACACUAAGAAGGCCAACAAGGCGUGCUCAGAGAGUUCGGAAAGCAGCUUUGAGAAUGAGAAGAGCCUGGAGGUGAUGCUGUACUACAAGGCCAGCCAGAGGGAGUUAGAUCAGCUAGAGAAAAAGGAGAAAGAGAUGGAAGAGACAGAAAAGAAAGAAAAAGAGAAACAAGCCAAGGAAGAAUCAAACAAACUAGCUGCUGAGGCAGCAUGUUCUAGGAAAGAGACUAAGUCACCAGACGAUGAGGAGGGAGGCUAUGAAGAGUACAAAGAAGCGGAGGCUAAGAAAGAAUGUGAAGAUGAGGAGACUGCCGAGACUGCCGAGGAAAGUAACCCCCUAACGCUUUCUGAGAGCAAAAAGAACAUGUUUGGGAUGUGGAAGCCUAUGGUAUUCUUGGCUAUCGCAGCAGUGGCGCUGUAUGUGCUGCCCAACAUACGACCACAGGAGACAGAGUACAUGACAUGAAGUGAAGGCAGACACGGGCCAGCCCAGAGGGCAGGUCCCCGGAGGCUCCACCCUCACCUGUGGGCAGAACACACGGUACCAGAGUCCCUACCCCGCCCAUGUGUCCCCUUCUCCUUUGCCUCAGCCACUCAGACUGGCAAGGCUUAUGGGAGUUGCUGGCUCUCAACCUCCUGCCUUGUGUAAGAACCUGGGUUCCUUGUAAUUAAAUGUCAGCCUAAUUAC